AUUGCCCAUCUCUUUGUAGGUUCAUAGCCCUCGGCUCUUUUUGACGUAGGCCCCAUUCUCAGUUAGUCUAAUCAUCGCAGGGGAGGAUGGCCUGCGAUCAGAAAUGUGAUAGUUUACCUUUCUCCUGGGCUGUGUUCGUGCAAAACAUGUAAUGUAAGCAUUUUGAUAACUUCUGAUAGACGGACGCGCAACCCACAGUCCUAUUUUGUUUAAAUAAUGGACCAAUAUUACGUGAAAAAGGACUUCUUAUCGUCUAUCGGGAAUUGGUGGAGCCUCGCCAUUUUCGAAAGUAUCCUUCCUAUGCAUGUUUGAAGUUGACGUCCCAACCAGAUAGUUGUUGGGCGGGCCGGCUUACCUGCCCGUAAUACCGAUCUUAAUCGGUCAUUUAUCCUCUGCUUUUACAUUUCUGCCCUUCCCUUUCAUUUCUCAGAUCUAAGCUGAGCUCCCAAUUGUUGAAAUUGGUUGGUCGGGCCGAAUUAACUAAGCCAAGACGUGGAUAACCUGAGGAUAUUUAGGUAAUUUUUAAUAAGGAUUUCCAGAAGAGGGGGGGACACAUGGAGCUAUAUAAAUGGUCCGCCUUGCUUAAAGAUAUAUACAUUAGUCCCCGUCCCAGGCAUUGCAGCUCUCACUCUAUAGGGAUGGAAAGUUCGGCUCUCCAAAAGAUGGUGAAGGCCACACCAUCGAAAGCUUUAGUAAUAAGAAUUAAUUUGGUCUUCCUUGCCUUCUUUCUGAUCGUCUAUGCAGCCUUUCUUCUUCAGCCGUCUUCUUCAAUCUACUUCGAGAAUGCAGCCUCCGUCGUUAGGUGCUCCUUGCGUGAAUGCCAUCACAAGGCAGAAAACAGCAUUAAAAUGGAAGCCGUGUUGGAGCAGCCUCAGGUGAGUUCACGGAGGCCAAAGGGUAUUGCGAGCAAGAUCGAGGUGCCGAGCUUCUUUCGAGAAAUGGGGAAAGGGAUGAAGAUUGGAAUGGUGAACAUGGAUGAAGAUGAUGCGGAGGAGUGGACGUCACAGGGAGAAGUAAUAAAUGUGUAUUUCGACAGGGUAUCGCAGAUGUUCAACUGGACAGAUUUGUUCCCCGAAUGGAUAGACGAGGAAGAAGAGAGCGACGUUCCAUCGUGCCCGGAGAUACCGAUGCCGGAGUUUGAAGCAUACGAGAGCAUGGACGUGAUCGUGGCUAAAUUGCCAUGCAAGCAUCCGGAAGAGGGGUGGGGAAGGGACGUGUUUCGGCUACAGGUUCAUCUGAUAGCAGCAAAGCUGGCGGUGAAGAAAGGGAAGAAGGACUGGGAUUGGAAGACCAAAGUGGUAUUGUGGAGCAAGUGCAGGCCGAUGAUGGAGCUGUUUCCGUGUGACGAUUUGGUGACGCAGGAAGGUGAGUGGUGGUAUUACGAGGCAGAGGUGAAGAGGCUGCAGAACAAAAUGUCGUUGCCUGUUGGAUCUUGCAAGCUGGCCCUGCCCCUCUGGGAACAAGGAAUAGACGAGGUGUAUGACUUAUCGAAGAUUCAGAAAAGCGUGGCAAGCGGAACAAGAGUGAAACGCGAGGCCUACGCCACUGUGCUUCACUCUUCUGAAUCCUACGUUUGUGGAGCAAUAACGCUAGCACAGAGCCUCCUUCAAACCGGAACAAAACGUGACCUUAUCCUCCUCAUUGACAAGUCUAUAUCCGAUCCCAAACGCCAGGCCCUCGCGGAUGCGGGUUGGAAGAUCCGAAUCAUCACCCGGAUUAGGAAUCCCAGGGCCGCGAAUGGCACUUACAACGAGUACAACUACAGCAAAUUCCGCCUCUGGCAGCUUACCGACUACGAUAAGAUCAUAUUCAUCGACUCCGAUAUCAUCGUUCUACGCAACCUCGACAUCCUCUUCCACUUUCCCCAAAUGUCCGCCACCGGCAACGACCAAUCCAUCUUCAACUCCGGCAUCAUGGUCAUCGAACCUUCCAAUUGUACCUUCCUUGUAUUGAUGGACCGCCGGCACGACAUCGUAUCCUACAAUGGAGGGGACCAAGGGUUUCUGAACGAGAUCUUCGUGUGGUGGCACAGAUUGCCGAGGAGGGUGAAUUUCCUGAAGAAUUUCUGGGCGAACACGACGUUGGAAGCGAGCGUGAAGAAUGGGCUGUUCGGGGCAGAUCCGCCGAGGCUGUACGCGAUUCACUAUCUAGGGUUGAAGCCGUGGCAUUGUUACAGGGACUAUGAUUGUAACUGGGAUGUGGAGGAUCAACGGGUGUACGCGAGCGACGUGGCUCACCGGAGGUGGUGGAAGCUUUACGACGAAAUGGAUGAGAAGUUGCAGAGUUUCUGUAGAUUGACGAGACGACGUCGGAUGGAGUUGAACUGGGAAAGGAGGAAAGCUGGGAAGAAGGGAUUGCCAGAUGGGCACUGGAAAAUCAAUAUUACAGAUCCCAGACGAGCUGGCUCUCUUUUGAUGGAUUAGAGUUCUCAAUUUUGUGUUCUACCACUUGUUUUCGUGCUUCACUUUCAUUUGAAUGGCACACAGAGAGUUGGACAUCUUCCAUCAUUUUCAUGCAUAGUUUAUUUAUUUGUGAAUAGAGGCAUACCUUCAAUUCUUGAACAUUCCUUUCUAUUUCUAACUAGAAUCUUCUUGUGUAUUAGGCUAAUAGCGUCGCGCGGCCUGACGAAAAUGACAAUUUGCACCUUUUUUUA